CAGUCAUAUGACUCCUCUCCAUUUCCUGGUCCAGUCGGCGUCUCAGCUGCAUCCCAAACCCCGCUGACUGAGCCUCCCUGUCGGCUUUAGAUCCUCUUCUCUCCGCUGGCUCACACUCCAAACUACUCUGCGAUCAUGUUUCGAUAUGCUGCAUUUGUUUCCCUCCUCGCAGUUGGAAUCGUGUUCCAGCUGUCACAUGGUGUUGAGGUGAAUGUCCGAGACAAAGAUGAAAACUUAUGCCUCUAUGCCAAGCUAAUGGUUAACUUCUCAGUCUCGUAUGAGGCCGCUGACAAUAAGAGUGCAACAGCUGAGUUUGAACUUCCUGCUGACGUCACCACUGUCGGAAGUACGUGUGAGCUCAACACAAGCUCAACGUUGAAGCUUAAUUUUGGAAAUGGACACUCCUGGAGUGUGAACUUCACCAACGCUGGGAAAGUGUACCAGGCCGACACCGUCACCUUUUCCUACAACCUCGGCGACAAAACCACCUUCCCUAAUGCUGCAUCAAAUGAAAGCAAGACUGUGGCAGUGAAGCCCAAGAUCACCGAUGUUGCGGUGGACACCUGCUACUCAUGCCAGAGCAAAGACACGCUGGAGUCUGAUCUGGUCAAUCAGACGCUGUGGAACGUGCUCAUACAGGCUUUUGUCAGCAACAACAGCACAAGUGAAAACUAUACGACUUGUGCUGCUGAUACACCCACAACCCCUGUUGCCCCCACCACUCACCCAACCAGCCUCCCCACCACAGCUCCUGUCACAAACGCUACUACUCCCACUGCCCCUCCUACAACCACCCCGACCCCCACCCUUCCCCCACCCACCACUGGGAAGUACAGCUUCAAGCCUGAUGAGAACACCACCGCCUGUCUGAUGGCCAACUUUGGCCUGCGGAUCAGUUAUAAGCAAGAAGAGAUGAACUUUGACCCUAACGGCACUUCAGUCAGUGGAUCAUGUGGAGUCAACAGCAGCGAGCUGGUGUUGGUGUCCACCCAGCAGAUGACCAUCAAGCUCACUUUCACCAAUGACACAAAGAAAUUCCGCCUACAUGCGCUAAACAUCACCGGAAAGACGAGCGCUGGUGUGGCGUUUUCCGAAGCAAACACCAACCUGAGUAUGUGGCAGGCGGCUGUCGGCAGCUCCUACAUGUGUAACAAGGAGCAGAACUACACCAUCACCAACCAGCUCACCAUCUACACCUUCGCCCUUCAAGUACAGCCCUUUGGAGUCAAGAAGGGAGCUUUCAGUACAGCCCAUGAAUGUUCAUUGGAUGACACCAGCAUCUUAAUCCCAAUCAUUGUUGGCGCUGCUCUGGCUGGCUUGAUUCUCAUUGUAGUGAUCGCUUACGUGAUUGGUCGAAGAAAGACUUAUGUUGGAUAUCAGACCCUUUAAAUCCAGUUUCGCAAUCAAUAUCACGGGGUUCCCAAGCCUGGUCCUUCGGUUUCAUGUGCAAUUGUUUAAUUGGCAAACAACUUAAAAUCUAAUGUGUCUGCUGGGAAAACAGGAGAUGUAGUAUUGAUUUUUUUUUGGUCAUUAUGAAACAUGCAUUUUUUAAACUGCAGUUGCAUAAAUGGUCUUUCAUAAUAUGAUGAUAAUGAGAAAAAAAUCCAUGUGAUGAUGGAGAGUUUGGUGUUUUUCCCAAGGACCAAACUUGUCUGCCCCAAAUGUUUGUGUUUCUUUUUUGUUGUUUUCUAGAUGUCUUGUCUUUCCUUAUUUGUUGUGUUUUUUGUUAACGAGCAAGAGCAGAAUCCAAACACAACCUUUUAUUUUCCUAAACUGACAUCAUUAUCCCAUGAAACCUGACAUUUAAUAUACAAUAUAUAGAGUUCAGUGCAUUUCUGCAUCUACAAAAGCACCUGCACAUUCAUUUUUAAUACAUUUUUGGAUGUGUGACAAUUUAAAUGAGUUGCUGGAAGAUCCUGCCCUUGCUCUGCAGACAUUCCCAUUUUGUUUUCUUGUGUCAUUAUUUAAUCUUUGUGCACAUUUUAAGUUCAUUUUACUUCCUUUAUGGUUUGACUUUUCAUCCCCCAUAACAAUUUACAUUAAGACAUAAAAACCCCGAUAAUUUUUCAACAGCAUUUCUUUGACAAAUCAAAGAAAGAUUUCUUUCUUUGCUCCCAGAAAUGUAUUUAACAAGGAUGAAGGUCUACUCCAUUUGGAAAGUAGUCAAGGGAAAUAUGCUUUAGCCCGUGUUUGCCCCUGUAGAGCAGGAGAAACAUUGGAAUUAAUUUCCUGAUUAUGUGGCUCAAAUCAUAUUAAGAAAUGUGAAAUCAAAGUGUUUGUUGUUUAAAGAUUAAUAAACCCUUUUUAGAGAGGACAUAUCGGCACCAAGCAGUCAAAGUCCAAGUGCAAUUGAUGAUCUUAACAAUGGCUCCUUUACAGUUGAUUGUAAAGAAACUGACGUUGUUAUUAAUUACACCUGUGCUUUUCCUGCUGUGCCACAUCAAAAUGUCUUCUGUUUAAAAAGGUUUCUUACAUUUGCACAUGCUCCUGUCAGAGAAUUAAUCUAAAAAGGAAGGUCAACUGUUUUUUUUUUGUUCCUCUCAAAACACAUUUUGGCAUUAGGUCUAGAAAAGGGACAGUUUUGUUGUGGAGAUAUUCACAUUCAUGAGGAUAUCCACAUAUAAAUGCACUAAGACGCUCUUUACAUUUUCGCAUUAUGUUGAGACUGUUGUCACGGGUGUAAGGUGUGUGUUGGGCCUGAGCUCUGGGCUGCAGCUGCACCAGGAGACGUUAAAGCCUCAGAAAAAAUUGGCUUUAAUCUUAAGUAUUUGUCUGUAACAAAUAAUUACUGAAUAUGCAACUAUGAUAAAAAAAUAUCCUGAGGCUUUUAAUAGGGCUGCACAAUUUAACAAUAUCAAAACCGCAAUGUGGACUAGUGCAAUAUCCAAAUUGCAGGAAGGCUCAAUAUUUGUUAAAAGACAAAAUAUGUGUGAAAAUACCAUUCUGAAUUAAGUGUUGUGUUCUUGCCUACAAUACUAUUCAACAGACAUGCAUAGACUUGCAAUAUCAGCCAAAAUAUUCACAAUAAGAUAUUUUUCCAAAUCAUGAAGCCCUAGUUUUGGUUCAUGAAUAGUUUCGUACAAUAUUGAGACAGUUUUUUAAGUAUACUUAUUAGUUUUCUUGCUGAGAGUCAGAUAAGAAGAUUCCAUCUAAAUGCUUUGGAAAUUUUAACCACAUUUAGAGAAAAUAAGCUAAAUGAAAUGCUUGUUUUCACCCAAGACCAAUAUUGCGAUUAUUUGAAGUUCACCGAGAUAAGCAGUAGGUGGCACCAGUUUUCUACUUGGAAAACCAUUGCAGAAGAAGAGGGCACAACAAGAUGACAUAGUUGAAAGAGCACCAGAAAGACUGAAAACUUUAUAGAAAUAUGGCACUUCCGUUUGUUUUAUGAUUGUAUGUGAGGAGGGUUAUAUCAGAUCUGUGUGGAGAUUUUUUGUGUUUUUAUUGUUGCUGCAGUAUUUUACAAUUGCAUUUAAAGUAUUUAUUUAGAUGUGAUUGUAACGACUGUGAGUGUCAACAGUUUUCAUGUUUGAAAAGUGCUUUUACUGUUAAUUUUACUGUUAAAAGCUGUACAAAGUUGUUGUUUUUUUUAUUUCAUGCAUUUAAAUUCAACAUUAAAACAAGUAGAUGGCAACACACCUACUUAUAUUUGAAGCUACAUCCUGGAGAUACUUAGCUUCUCUUAGCAAAGAGACUGGAAACAGGUUGGCUAGCUAGCUUGAGUCCAGAGGAGACAAAUCUGUAAACCAUCACGUCUGAUGCACACGUAGCAUGUCACAUCCUUCUCAUCUAACUCUCGGCAAGAAAGCAAAAAUGAGAUUUCUCAAAAUAUCAAACUGUUCCUCUAAAAGCUCACCUUAUCCACUCCAUCAGAAACCUUGUGAAUGUGGUUUGAUCUGUUUUUGCCCAACAAUGUUGGCAAAAAGCAAACAGCUCCACGUCUUCAGAUUUUGAUUUUAAAAAAUUGCUAGAAAACCACUGAGGUUUGUGUUAUAAUCUCAUGUCAAAUAGACAAAAUUGUUUAGCACAAAGUUUUCAUGUAGUUGCUCGUAGUAAGAAGCUGAAAGCAGGUUUUCAGGAGCUUUUAAGUCAGGGAGUUAGUGAUACAGUAUCAGGGACGGAGGCGAGGCCUGUUAUAUUAGAAAGCUGGUGUUACACAUGGUAGUAAAUGUGUAUUGUUGCUUCAUUCUUGCAGAGUGCUGUACACUGUUUGCCUUGUUCCAACUCCACAAAACUGGAGCAAAGCAGGCCGUACACUGCACUGAAUAUGGGUAGAAAUGGUUGCAUUGUUGCCUAUGAAGUUAGCUUUGGCAGGACAGGUCAUUGUACAUGUGUUUGUGUGUACAUGAAUCGCUGCAAAUCAAAUAUGAGCUUUGAUUUAUGCUUGUGAUUGUGAUCUUUGUGUAUUUCAGCUUUGUACAAAUUUGCCUUAAUCAUGAAGGUGGUUUUGCAGCAGUGCUAUAAAUGUUUGUUAAUCUCUCUCCAUAAAUCAUCUCACAGGUUUAUCAUCAUGAAAACUGUGCCUUUCUUAAAGAUGCAUUCUGUUCAUUUAAUAACUCGCUAAUACUGUUAACAAACCUUUCAGUGGUUGAUUUCCCUUGUCGUUAAGAACAUUGCACACUCGUGUUCAGAAAAGGGAACUUUUGCUGCAAAACCACCUUGUUACAGAUCAGUUCAUGUGUGUUGUAUCAGUAAAAAAAAUGACUGCAGAUUUCAUCUCCAUUCACUCACACUGUUAGCUGUAAUACAUUGGAUUUCAAAUUGUGUGUCAGACUGAAGUGGAGCUUUUUAGUCUUUUAAGAUUUAUGGAAAUAAAAUGCAUUGCUGCCCUGGA